GUGCAAUUUGCUCAACAAUACAGUUACGCAGUCUGGAUUCUCAUGCAACAGGUGUCACUUGAAGUUCAUCUCAUACAGCCUCUACAACAAACAUAUGGCUGAAGUUCACACCAACAAUAGUAGAUAAAAUUGGGGUUAUCGUGGCUACUGGUGACUUGAUGACAGAGGAUCUUCUGAACCGGUCUCUGGUUAGGAGGCCCAAGUACCCACGGAGUCCCCUGAGGUCGCAGAACCCGAGGAGACCUUCCACGCCCAAGGAGGUUCCCUUCCAGUGCGACUUGUGCUACAAGAAGUUCUGGAGUUCACACAUCCUCCGGAAUCACGUGAAGAACAUCCAUUGGAAGGACUCACUCAGAAAGACCAAUUCCAGAGUACAGGAGGUUUAUGGAGACAUUGAGGUGUAGCAUGUUCCCAGCGGUGACUCCCCAGUUCUCCUCGCCGCUCCUGCCCCAGAACUUCCCCUGCCUACAGUGUGGUCGUAACUACAAGUACAAGAGAAACCUGUUAGCACACGUACGGCUGGAGUGUGGCAAGGGACCCAUGUACCGCUGCAAGCA